GGCCGGGGCGGGGCGCGGCCGGUGCCCGCGGCGCUGCUCGCCGCUGCGGCUCCCUCUCCUCCCUCUCCAUCUCCUCCUCCGCCUCUUCCACCACCUCCUCCUCCUCCUCCUGGCCGCUGCGGCGCGGGGGCUGCGGGCGGAGCGGCGGCGCCAUGAGCGGGGCGGCGGCGGCCAAGAGCGAGAAGCUGGACGAGGCUCAGGCGCUGGCCCGCAGCUGCGCGGGCAGACCCGACUUCCAGCCCUGCGACGGGCUCUCCCUCUGCGCCACGCACAGCCACGGCCGCUGCUUCCGCCUGCACUGGUGCUGCCACCUGGGAUGGUGCCACUGUAAAUAUGUCUAUCAACCCAUGACGCCUGUAGAGCAGCUUCCCAGCACCGAAAUACCCGUUCGCCCUCGGGAAUCUCCAAACACCAUCCAAAUCUCCGUUUCACUCACCGAACACUUUUUGAAGUUCGCGCCUGUCUUCCAGCCCCCUCUGCCCCCCGACUCCCCGCAGUUCUGCACAAUCGCGGACCUCUUCAUUGACAAUUACCGCGUGAAAUGCAUCAACGGGAAGAUGUGCUACGUCCAGAGGCAGCCGCCCCCCGUGCCCCACAAGAUCAAGCCCGAGGAAGUCCCCGUUCGCAAUGCCUUAAUCACAAAAGAGAGCAAUACACCAAAACCAGAUCACUGCUCGUCCCCUUCCAGCUCCGAGGACUCCGGGAUCAAUGCGGUGGGGGUUCACUACAUCGAAUCGUGUGAUGAGGACACGGAGGGGGUGGCCGAGCUAAGUUCAGAAGAAGAUUACAGCCCAGAUAGCAGCUGGGAACCCGAUGAAUGCCCCCUCUUGUCACCCUCGCAGUGCGAAAUGGAAGUGAUCGAGACUAUAGAAACCACUGUGUGAUCCAACAAGGUGGUACCAGAUCAGUCCAGUUCCCACUCAGUAAUGUUGCUUUUGUAGUAUUUAUAUUUUCUGUUUUUUCGACAAUCCCUUUUUUCCAGUGCACUUGAUAUUUCAGAUUCCUCAUGGGAGUGCAGUCACGGGACUUGCCUGUUGGCGAACUAGCAGCAGCCUGAGCAAUUUUAACACGUUCUCAGCCUGAUCAGAUCUCCCACGUCUGCACGUAAGGUAGUGAUAAAUCCUAAGACUUUUAUAGCUGAAACAGGCCCUUUUCUUAGUCUGGGUUACAUCACAUGCUACGUCUCAUGUGAGGAUGUGCCACUUGGGAGGUUUCCAUCUGUCGGGAUGUUUGCAGUGGGCCUUCAAAGCACAGAGGGUGAGCUGGUGCAGCACACUGCGAGCAGCAAAACCACAUUGCCCUUAUUCUUAAACAACUACGCGAGGUGCGGCAGAAGAGGCUCUUUCCGUCUCUGUCCUUGCGCAUCGUCCAUCCUUUUCUCUCAUGCUGGUGCGACCCUUCUCGAAGGCUGUUGGCAUCGCUCUUCCGGGGGUUGGUAUGGCAGGCUAGAGAAUGCAUAAAGUGCCUCCAACUUUUCUCCAGGCUAUGCACCGAGCAUCUGCUGAGUUAGGUCAAGCUCUGAAAUCUCCUGAGAAAGCAGCUGCUGCUCCAGAGGGGGGUGAGUUGCCUGGAUCCAGCUGGUCUCUACGUGGAUCUCAGGAAGGGGAUCUGGCUCUUGCAGCUCGGCAGGAGGGGGAGCAGGCAGGAGAUGAAGCGCAACUGUCAAACUAGUACCGUGCUAGGCUGGGCUGUAAAACGAUAGGCGAAGGAUGUGACUACCUCUAAACAUGCAACAUCCACCUUCGGCUUUGCCUGCUGCUUCCUCCCGUGCAGUUUGGUGCCAGACACGUGCACUCAGGACCAAAUGGCCUCAGGGCCUGCAUUUGCCCGAAGAAUAACAGAAUUUUUUUAAAAUAGUAGUUUAUCAGCCACACCACUGUGUCAGCAGAGCUUGGGGACAGCGUGGAGGUGGCCUACGGGCUCGGUAGUACGCGUGCUUGUUAAAAUACAGCCUAAGGUCAUGCUGGCAGGGAGAGGAAGCUUCAGCUCCCGCUCCUGUGAGCUCAGUUCAAGAGCGGAUUCUGAACGGGGGUUUCCUCAAAUAGUAAGAGCGAGCCAGCUCGCUGGUGGUUUGCUUUCAGCCCUGCUUGAUGAAACAAAGAUGUCGCGCUCAGAAGAUUUCAGUCAGUUUGAAGCAGUUGGAGUCAGUAAUAACUGUGUUUUCAGCAGCAUUACUGAAUUUCUUUGUGUAUUCGCUGUGUGCGUUUCAGAAGUCACUGCUGAAUAUAAGGCUGUAUAAAUGUGUACAGUUUAGUGAUUGACACUAGAUUAUAGUCCGUGUUAUAGGGUGGCUCAUCUCUCACCGUAUCCUGACAGCGUAUUACUAAUUUUAUACACUUUGUAAUCGGUAUCUUUAGAAAAUGUUUAGGCAACAGUGUGUGUAUGUGCACAUGCGCGUGUGCUAGGAGUUUACCAUAAAUGGUUAUAAAGUAAUACUGUACUUUUUAGAGUAACACUUUGAGACAAAAAUAAUAGGUUUUAUAGUUUUGAUGACUUACAUGAAAAAGUGCAAUGCUUGUUAAAUGAGGAACUCGGGCCAUUGCAUGAACAGAUACAUUCUCAUAAGGCACCUGAAAAUACUCUGCUUUUCUGAGGGCAUUUAAACAAAGGCCGUAGUAACGCUAACUAGGAUUUAUUUAUUUUUUAAAGGUGGGAGUGUCUGUCUUGGUUAACUAAAGGUUUCCAAGAACAUUUUAGUGUCGUUUGACCAUUCAGACACAUUCCAUAGGUAGAAGGAAGCGUUAUGUAUAAACCUACAGCAUUUAUUCAUAUUUAAUCUUUCAACUGUAAUCCGAGCGGAGCGUGUAAAAGCUCACUCUUGUGCCUGGCCUGCCUGAGCUCUCUUCCUUCCCAGGGAUGGCUUCUCCAUCCUGGGAGGACAGGGUGGGUUGGCAGGGACUAGCAGUGGCGGGGCUGUUCCCGAGGCCAGGGUGCUCCUCGCCAGCUCUCCCUGCAGGCAUGAAGCCCAGGAUGGGUCCUUGGGACCCUCAGACUUGGCAUGAGCUCAUCUUGUUUGCCUGCGAGCAGGAGCCACCUCCUCCUGUGGAUGGGGGCACUGGCUGUGAGCACAGCAAGAUUCAGUUGGGUAUUCAUGGCCAAGGCUUGCCGUAAGAUCCUGUGGUCCUGCAGGUUCAUAUCACUGUCGUCAGGAUACAUCCUUUCUUAACUGUAAGUAAUUAGCAAUAUUCACAAGCUGUGAGUGUCUCCUACCCGGGAUUUGUUCAGAUGUCUUAAGCACAAUAAGCUGCCUCUUCCCUCUGUUGUACUCGUAAAACGCCAGUGGAGCAGCCCGGUGUGGGACAGGGUUAGUUCUGGAACGCCUUUUGGCAGCCAGCACAGUGGCAGGCUUCUCUCCGUACUCCAUCGCGCACCCCAGUUCCAAAACACGCUCCUCACAGAACCGUGAUCGCUUUUCUUUGCACAAACACUGGAGCAGACAUGCUGUAAGAGACAUGCCCUGGGCUCCUUGCUCCGCUCUGCCAGGGAGAGGUGUGUACAUUUCCUCUUUAAUAAAAUACUAAAUAACUGAAGCCCCGUUUGUCCUAACUAACUGUGUCUUUUCCAUACUACAGUGAAACAUUCUGGUAUUUCCAGCAAAGGAAUGGUCACUUA